AUGGCGGAGCGAAGAGACGUAGAGUUCAAGACCCUCAGGCGUGUCACCUUGCGCGGAUGGCUAUUUCCGAGCGAAAGACGAGGACCGGGGAUCAUCAUUUCUGGAGGGGUAUGUCACUCUGCACCUUGUCGAACAUGUUCGCGAAGCGGUUUCGAUUUUGUACUUACGACAGCCGUCCAGUUCAACAUGCCCAAGGAGGUCGCAAUACCCGACAUCGCCCAAUGGUAUCAGAAACGAGGUUUCACAGCACUCAUAUUCGACGGAUACGGCAUGGGCUCCAGUGAUGGUGAGCCCAGAAAUGAUGUGAGUAGUGAUGCUCUCUAGUUCUAUUGAUUGUUUCUAGACCCUUGCUAACCUUAACAUAGACCGACCCGAACCGACGAGUCGAAGACUUCAUCGACGCCGUGACCUUUCUUUCCCAGAACCCCCUCGUCGACCCCGCAAAGAUUGUUCUCUGGGGCCUCUGCUUUGACGGAAACAUGAUGCUCGCCACGGCAGCGACGGACCGCCGCGUCGCAGCCGUCGUUGCUCUUGCGCCUAUGAUUGACGUAACCGGGGACCCUGAACGUCGCGAACCCAUCCUCGAGCUGGCCCUGGCGGACCGCGCAGCACAGCUGGAAGGGGAAGAACCCAUGUAUCUACCCAUGAUCGACGAAGAUGGCGUGAUGCCGUUGGGCCAGAAGACCGGCCUCGGCUUCUUCUCCACCGUCGAGCAAAUGAACCUGCCCGUCGAGAACCGCGUCACCGUGCAGAGCUUCAUGCGGGUCGCGAACUGGGAGAUCUGGCACCUCCUACCCAAGAUCAGCCCGACACCGGUCAUCAUGGUCACACCCGAGAAGGAUCAGGUGUACCCCAUGACGAAACAGACGGAAGCUUUCGAGAUGCUGGGAGAGCCGAAGGAACAGCAUGUCAUUCCAGGGAGAGAUCACUUCGACUGGAUGUUCGGAGACAUGGACGGCGUUUUCCAAAAGCAGCUAGAUUUUCUGGCGAAGCAUUUGGCGCUGUGA